AUGAUAUUAGAUAGACUAUUGGUACUGGAGAAAAAAAUCUCAAUGUGGUUUAAUACAUGGCUUGGAGAAGAACCUCUUAUUAAUACUUUUGGUCAUACAGAUUAUAUCACUUCUCAUUUACACAUGACAGUUAAGGAACUGAUUCUUGAUAAUGAGUGGAAUAUCUCCUAUGAAGUGCAACCUUAUAUUAACUCCUCUCUGCCAGCAAUUAGUGGUGAAGACGACAAGAUGGUUUGGUGUGAUGAUCUUAAAGGUCAUUUUACAACUUCUUCUGCAACUAACAAAAUCAGACACAUAAAACCUGUUCUUCAUUGGCCAUCUAAAAUUUGGAAGCCCUUUAUGCAUCCUAGCAUCACAAGCAAUAUUUGGAAACUUAUUCAGGGGAUUUUUGUAGAUGAUGUAAAAAGAGUGAAGCAAGGAUAUUAUAUGGUUUCCAAGUGUUGUAUCUGUAAACAGAGCCAAGACAGCAUGGAGCAUCUACUCUGGUCCUGCAACUUCAGUAAAUCCAUAUGGCAGUGGCUAGGUAAUAUUUUUCACUUCAAUAAUCCUAUUUCUUUUGAUGAUGUGUUUAACUUUGCAAAACACAAAAGCCCCAUUAUCAAAGAAGUAUGGUUAACAACUGCUUGUGCUACUUUGAGGGAACUCUGGUUUCAAAAGAAUAAGAUGUUCUUUGAGAAUGUGCAACCAAAUUUAAACAGGUUUAAGAGUAGAAUCAUAAGUCUGGUUCACUAUGGUGGUUAUAAAAUGCAAGGUGUUAGGUGGCAUCAAGAUUAUGAUUAUCAGAUUCUGCAAUAUUUCAAUGUUCCUGGUAAAUAUAAUACUUCAAACACAAUUAAAGAAUCCUUCUGGUAUGGACCAGCAGAAGGAGUUGUGUUGUUUUGUUGUGAUGGUGCAGCUUUUGGUAACCCAGGUAAUGCAUGGUUUGGAAUAAUUACAAGGAGCCAUGAUUGUCAAGUUUUGGGUACUAUUUCAGGUGGUUUAGUAGUUACCACUAACUAUAUUGCUGAGGUAAUGGCAGUUGUGUGUGCUAUUGAAUGGGCAAUUACUCUAUCUUGCAGAAAUAUUUUGAUCAACUCAGACUCUCAAUCAGUAGUAACAGAUUUCAAGUCUGGAAAUAUUCCCUUGUUCAUCAAAGCUAGAUGGCUCAGAGCUUGUCAAUACUUAUAUGAAAUUCUCUACAUUCACUGCUAUAGAGAAAUAAAUUUCUCUGCUGACAGUUUGGCUAAGGAAGGUGCAAGGUUAAAUUUGGGAGAAAGGAUUCAACAUGCAGGAAGGCCUUCUUCUCUCAGUAAUAUUGAAAUGCCAGACACAAUUUACUAUAGAUUUUGUUGA